AUGGUGCAACUACCCUUUGCAAUAUUUCCAGUACUGACAUUUGUGUCAGAUGAGCGGGUCAUGUUCAAUUUCAGGACAUCAAGGGGUCAGAAGGCAUUCGCACUUACUGUUUCGCUAAUAGUGCUAGGAAUAAACUUCUAUUUUCUCUUUGCUUGGGUGGAAGAACAUCUUGGUCUCACUGCACUUACAAUCACUCUAACUUCGUUAUUGGCCAUAAAAUACCUACCUGAGCCUCAAUACGACCACUUUGACGCUCCUUGGCAGAAGUCUGAAUCUUCACCAGAGCGCUAUGGUUCUUUUGAUAAUACCAUAGUCCCUUCGAAUGCUACGGAAGCAGAUGACUUAUCUGCUGGGACAUCGUAUUCAAGGAGUGGUCCCAGUCGAAGGAACACACAUGGUGAAGACCGAUGA